AUGCUCCGAGCCGCCUUGCGUCCGUCCUGCGUGCUGCACGCCGCGCUCCUCUCCUCGUCGUCCUCCGCAGCUGUUCACAAUGCCGCAGCGAGUGAGGCGUCCAUGGCCAGCAACGCCAUCUCUUCAGCAGCGGCGUUGCUAUGGAUGCAGAAUUCCCAGUCACACGACGGUGCCGCUGCGACCAUGCACACGCAGCAGACCGAUGCGACAGGAGCAGCAGAAGUGCAAGAUCAUGGAAACGCAUUGGUCGUACUUGAAGAGGACAACACCAGUGGCAGCAACGGCUACGUGGACUACUUCAUGGGCGGCUUCGGCCCUCGGCAUCUGGCAGAGGUGACAGUGGUGCCGGAGAGUGCAGGUGCGAGGGCUCACCGAUCACUUGACCACGCGAACAAGGCAGAUGCGGCUGCAGCAGCGGUGGAAGCGUCAUUCUCCUCGGAGACGGCGACGGCAGCCGCCGCCGCUUCGCCCGCACGGCGCGCCGAAGGCGACAAUGGCGCUGUGGCGAGGCGGCCGGUGAUCACGAAGGCCCGUCGAAUCCGUCUUGCAUCUGCCGCUUCGCAAGCAGCCGAGGUACUUCAGUCCGUGGGCAGUCCUGCCACGGCUCUCCUGCUCAGCCAGCGAGUGCAGCAGCUGCAGGCCGAAGAAGCGCUCCUGAACGCGUCGCUGCAACGGCUCAAGGCAGAGCGCGACUUGGCAACAGUGCAGCACACGUGUGGCGAGGAACUCGACAACUACCGCCGUGGUGUGCAGCAACGCGAGCAGCAGGUAGUGCGUGCUGCCAUAACCGCUGGCACACGCUCUCAAGAUCCUCUCGUCAGCUACUCCCAGGAGAGCGGGGGCAGCGCCGGAGGAGACACGCUGCAGACGGUGGUGGAAGCCGACCUGCUGGGGAUGCCCGCCACCGCCGAUGCGGAGGCGGCCACAGCUGCGGCGAAGAAGGCGGUGCAGAAGAGUGGCAGAGCCUCGCAUGUCGCUGCCACGGUGAUUUCGGCGAAGAAACAGCUGCGCUACAGCGCCGCUGCGGCGGGCGGGCACAAGGCUAACGCUUCACCAAAGGCACUCUCACGGCAACCAGCUACGCCAGCAGCCUCCAAGAGCAAGAGGCCCUCGCUAGCGAAGCAGACGGCCGUGAAGGCGCGUGCUGGGAAGCAGCUUGCUGCAGUGUGCAAGCGCGCAGCCAAAGACAAGCCAAAGGCACCGUUGCGCAUGAAGGCGAAGACGCCAGCGCCCGCGGCGGCAACAGCCAAGGCUGCCGCUCAACGACAGAAGGCGAAGGUUAAAGCCGCCGCCACGAAGCCUCCCCGGAAGCUGACCAAGAAGCCGACCAAGCCGCGAGCAACCACGAAAGCGAAGUCAGUGCGAGCACAGCCCGCCGCGAAGGCAGCACCGUCGACCCGCAAAACAGCUGCCAAGAAGCGGCCGAGGUAUGAGAAGCGCCCGACGCGGAGAUGA